AUGAUGUACAUUUUCCACAAUUUAUACUUGUCCUCGAAGCAGUCUAAAAAUUUCUUGUGUAAAUUUAAGGUCAAAAAUAUAAGCUCAUUGCUUUCUCAGCCUCAGCACAUCUCCGAUCUCCCCGACGAGUGCCUGGCCUUCAUCUUCAAAUCCCUGGACUCCCUCGACCGCGAUAGUUGCUCUCUUGUCUGCCGCCGAUGGCUCCGGGUCGAGGGUCAGAGUCGACAUCGCCUUUCCCUCAAGUUCCAAUGGCCCGUGACCGAUCUUCUCCCCUCCAUCCCUUCUUUAUUCACGCGCUUCGAUGCUAUCACCACACUCUUCCUCAAAUGCGGCCCGGAUCCCGAAUCCGUACUCAUAGGCGACGACGCUCUUAUCCUCAUCUCUCUAUACUGCAGUACCCUUACUCGCCUCAAGCUUCAUGCUUGCAACAAUUUGACAGAUGUCGGUAUGGCCGCUUUUGCCGUCAACUGCAAGGGUUUAAAGGAGCUCAAUUGUGAUUCCUGCAACUUUGGUGCCAAGGGCAUAAACGCUGUCCUAGAUCACUGUUCCUCCCUGGAAGAGCUCUCUCUCAAGCGUAUUAGCGGCUUUACUGACAGUUCCGCGGCCAUUCCUAUUGGACCAGGUGUAGCUGCGAACUCCCUUAAGAAAAUCUGCAUCAAGAAGCUCCACAACGGCCAGUGCUUCGGACCCCUGAUUAUUGGUUCCAAGAAUCUCAGAACCUUGGAGAUCUCCCUCUGCUAUGGAGAUUAUUGGGAUAAGCUCCUCGAAGACAUAGUGGAACGAGUCACUGGACUGGUUGAGGUGUAUCUGAAGAUAUGGUUUAGCGAUGUCGGUCUCGCUGCUAUCUCCAAUUGCUCGAAUCUGGAGAUCUUGCACUUUGUUGAGACUCCCGUGUGCACGAAUGUAGGGCUUGUGUCCAUCGGUAAACACUGCAAGCGCCUAAGGGAACUCCACAUUUAUGGAUGGAAGGCCAAUAGAAUAGGUGACGAGGGCCUUGCUGCCAUUGCCAAAGGGUGCCCUAACCUUGAGGAGUUGGUUCUCUUUGGUAUCAAUCCUACUUUUUUUAGUAUGAGCCCGCUCGCUGCCAAUUGCAAGAAUCUCAAGCGCUUAGCACUGUGUUGGAGUGACACGUUUGGUGACGCCGAGAUUUCAUGCAUUGCUGCUAAAUGUAUGGCAUUGAAGUAUCUCUUUAUCAUGGAGUGCCGUGUCACCGAUUAUGUUAUGGAAGCGCUUCCCGGUCGCUGCCUUAAUCUGAUCAAGGUGAGGGCUAGGGGUUGCAGGGGAAUAACUUGUGAUGGUAUGGUUACGGGGGUAGAUUGGGGUCCAUGGGAUAUCAUUGUAGAUGAUGGAGAAGGCGAACCCUUUUGGGACGAUAUCAGGCGAGAUUUCAAAGAUGAAUCACUUUUUGAGUCUGUGACUGAUACUACACCACCACCUGAUGAUCCAAUGGAGUAUGAGAUAAUUAUUCAUGCUUAG